AUCCGUCAUCACAACACACACACACACACACACACAAACGUAUACACACUCUUUGAGGCGUGCUCGCUGGCUCACGCUCCCUCUCUCGCACACAGUCACUCAUAAAGGAGCCUAAGGAAAGCAAGAGAUGCAGAGACAGGAAAGCAUGUCUUCUGACUCCCUGUCAGACAUGUGGGGUCCCCCAGCUCACUGGAUGUCAAGUGGUCACCCUUAUGAUGAGAGGACUGUGUGGAACCCCAAGUUCUGUGUGGUCACCGACAGUCAGUUGCUGCUCCUGGACAAAGAGGAGCAGAUCCAUCCUUUGUUGUUGCAGGAGAGGAGGUCAGAGUUGUGUCAGGUUCGGCUACUACGACGCACCAUCAGCGUCCCUGUGGAAAACAACUUCCACAGCCCAGAGUUCCACAGCCCAGAGUUCCACAGCCAGCUGUCCACUGAGAGCGGUGAGAACACACACACACACACACACACACACACACACACACACACACACACACACACACACACACACACACACACACACACACACACACACACACACACACACACACACACACACACACACACACACACACACACACACACACACACACACACACACAGAAGACUCAGUGCUUGUUUUUUGUAA